CAGCUUCGUGAAUCAAAAGGAUUCCCAACAAUACGAUUCCGACCUCAUUGUGGGGAGGCAGGCGACAUUGACCAUUUAGCUGCUGGAUUUCUUUUAUGUCAUAACAUUGCUCAUGGAAUCAAUUUGCGUAAAUCACCUGUGUUGCAGUAUCUGUACUUCCUUGCUCAGAUUGGAUUGGCUAUGUCUCCUCUAAGUAACAAUUCACUUUUUCUGGACUACCAUCGCAAUCCCUUCCUUAUGUUCUUCCAGCGUGGGCUGAAUGUUUCACUCUCAACUGAUGACCCUUUGCAAAUUCAUUUGACAAAAGAGCCCCUAGUUGAAGAAUAUAGUGUUGCAGCUAAGGUUUGGAAGCUGAAUUCUUGUGACCUCUGUGAGAUAGCUAGGAAUUCUGUUUAUCAGUCUGGAUUUUCACAUGCUGACAAGUUGCAUUGGCUAGGGAACAAAUAUUUCAAGAGAGGCCCUGAAGGAAAUGACAUUCACAAAACAAAUGUUCCAAACAUGAGGAUUUCCUUCAGACAUGAUACCUGGAUGGAAGAGAUCACGUAUGUGUAUAGAGGAAAAUCCAGCAUUUCUGAAGAAAUAGACUACUGAUCUGAGGCCCAAUAAACACAACCUUUGCAUCUUGGCUCUCUAUGAGAGCAGAUGCUCUACAUCUUUUGAUGAAUAUGUAGUCGAUCAGUUAACACUGACGUUCAUACAAUCAUACCUAAGAGAGACGUUUGCUAACAGAAGAUGGAGGUGACCUCAAUUUCUACCAAGCCAUUACCUACAGAGGCCAGGUUAUCAAUAGGUCAGGAUCCAAUGAAUGAAGAUGAGGUUCAAAGGUGAGAUUAUUCUUGAAUUACGUAAAUGUGAGAUUAUUAUGAGAAGACCAGUGAAAGGUGAAAUAUCCUUAUCAAUUUUUCCUUUAAAAUAUCCUCUUAAACCUGUUAUUAUAAUACAAGAUCAUUACUUCUCAUCUUAAAAAGUGAUUUUUUUUGUUUUUAAUAGUGUUUAAUAGUAAAAGUUAGUACGUGAUAGUAAAAAGUAAGAGUUAGAGUGUUUGAGAAUGAACAGUUGAACACCAUAUCCAGAGAGAACCAAGACAAGGUGCUCUGUUUUGCUCCAUUUUGCUUUAAAAUCGUCACCGAAAAAUUGACGUGGGUAAACUGGCC